AACUUUUCAAAUUCCCUUAAGGGUCAUACCGCGUCACUUUGAGAAAUACAAAAAUACAAAAUAUUGGCGUCAAAUGCAAAAAGCAUAAAAAUCCCAGGAUCGAAAAGCGCUCGCAAUGAGUGCGUACAAUAGGCGAGCGGCGCUGCGCAAGAAGAGUCCCAGCCAGGGCUCCUUCGACGCGGAGAUGGACGAGUCCGGGUACACGUCCUUUCGAGCGCUGCACAACUCCACCGCCGAGACGCCAUUUUUGUUGGACGAACCCGAGAACUGUCGGAAUGCAUCCAAUACUGGGCAUUUGGUGCGAGGACUGUCGACGCCAAGUGGCCAAGUGGAGUUGCGGGACAUAAAGUUUCCCAAGAGCUUGCCCGAAGUUCAGAGUUCAAUGGCGGAGGAGCCUUGUUCCACGACGCCCCGAUUGCAAGAGGCGCACAGCCUUCCGAAGCGCCGUAAGAAACACUUUCAGGCGCCUCACAGCAGCCCGAGGAAGUCGAAGAAGCUUUUGUUUCCGCAAGAAGAGAAGCCUUCGGCCAAAAACCGCUUCUAUGGCGGCGUAGAGCGCCUGGACAUCGUCGGCAAGCUGUCGCAGAAGCAGCCUGCUCUAGAAUGCAUUCUGCGUUAUGUGGGUGCCCACACGCUGGACGUGAUGACCCAGGUGUCGCUGGUGUGGAAGCAAGCCAUACAUAAAAGCCAGCGGGCCCUGGAGCGGCUUCAGAACCACCGGCUCAAGCUGAGUCUCACCAAAGAGAAUCCUCAUGUGCCCAAGCGGCGCCGCCAUCUACAGAGGGCGAACUCAACAGUGCCAUUGCAGAGUUCGAAUCACAGCAGCCAGGCCAACAGUGCCGCAUCGCUGAUGGAUUCCGGGAACUCAAGCAUUCACCUGAUGGACGUGGAUGCUGGACGGAUUUUACGUGAACAGACGCAGCGCGUCAAGUGUCCCCGCUGCGGACGAGGAAGUCGGGUGUUUCUCAGCGAAGUGCCAACGAGCGGGGACAAUCUCAUGUCCCAGACUUUGCCCGGUGGUCGAAGCACUUUCGCCGCCGGACACAUGAGCGACCGUCCGCCACUGAUGCGCUUCUUGUCCCUGGACCUGGACGACAUCAAGAGCCCACAUCAGGCGCCGGCGUACAACUUCGCCGAGUGCACCAGUGUCAUUUGCCAGUUCCGUUUCUGCGUCAACUGCCUGAGCAAGUCGCAUCCCGGCGAGCGCUGCCUGGUCACCGAACUGGAUACGCCCUCCAAGCUGAUGAUGCCCCGGGAGAGACUGACGCCGCCGCAGCGUUCCCAGCCCCGUGACGCCAAGAUCAGCCGGAAGAACUCGCUCAAGCGUCUCUGCUUUUAGCCCUAGACUCUAGGUUUUUUAAGUCCUGUAACGUCUAGUAUUCGGUUUGUUCAAACCUCAUUAUUCACGUAUUACGUUGUUCAUUUUGUCAUCACCAUUCUUGAUUUUACAUCGUUCAAACUGCAAGAUUCCUCUGUACCUCUCUGAGAUUAAGACAGUAACAUAAGUAUUCAUUAUAAAAUAUGCGAAAUAUAAGAACCAUUAACUAUUA